GAGAAAGUGAAGUUGCCUAUAAAGGUUUUUUCUUUUUAUGAAAGUUCAUGUCAGUUCCCCAAGCCAGGUGAUGUCAAUUCUGAAGAUAUUGCCCAUCAGCAGCCUCUCAGAGAGGAAUUUUAAACGUUGCUGUGACGUCAAAGUGCCCCCAAAGAGGGACUUGGGCCAAAUAUUGCCUGUCACUCUUGGGCAGGCCCUACAGAGGAGAAGAUAACAGAAAACACAGUCCCCUUCUCCCAGUAACAGCAAUGUUCAGGGGGCUAAAGAAGACAGCCUAAAAGCCUCUUGAAGCAAUCUGAAUUCCAAAGGAGAGUGAACUUGACACAAAAAAUAAUGCAUUUCCAGGGGCCCACAGUCUAGUUGGCAAAUACCAACUUUCACUAGACUUCCUGUUGAUUGCUUCUUGCCUAGUCAAAAUGUCAGAAUCUUCCAAGCAGAGCACAGGAUCUUGUGGGGACGUUGGGAAGCCCAGGUUGCCGGUAAGUGGCAGGAAUUGUUUAAAUACCAUGGACAAAAAAUUGAACUUGCUGAAUGAAAAGGUAGACAAACUUUUGACUUUCCAAGAAGACGUGGCAGGAAAACUAGAGAGCGUGUAUCAAGGCAUUGGCAACCUAGAACGGGGCAUCAGCAAGAUCGCGGCGGCUUCGAAGGCAGAUCUCCCCUGGGAAGAUGGGACUCAAGCCCCAGCUCAGACGGGAUGUCCUGAGAUGCUGGAACUGGUGAGGGCUGUGCAGCAGGACACUUCCCGACACAGCACCAUGCUUGAAGGGUUAGUCAAGAUGGUCACUGCAGUGGACAAAGCCAUGGCUUUGAUCGGAGUGCUUUUCCAGAAUUCUAAAGUGGUGGAUUUCAUUCUGCAAGACAGUAAUCCCUGGAGGAAAGGAAGCUUAGCUGAUGCUGAGAGUCUUGAGGAGAACAAGGAGAAAGCUGAGGAGAAGGGUGCUAAACCAAAGCAGACCCUUAGCACUCGAGGAGUACAAGCUGAGAUCAGGAGGCCUUUGGAAGAAAGCCAAAAAACAGAGUUGCCAGAGGGGAGGGACAAGAGGCUGCCCCCAGUGACCUCUAAAGAUCCUCAAGUUAACUCAGACCCACUCAAAGGAGCAUCAGCCUCCCUGAGGAAAGAAGAUGGAGCUUCCCCCCAAGCUUCUUGCCAGAGGCCUUCAUCACCCAAAGACGCAGUAUCUAAAGACCUAGAGAAAGCUGGUACCAUCACUCUUGUGCAUCCAGAUGGGGCAGUGACUGUUCCACAAGGAAAAAGUAAAAUCUCCCAAGUUCAGGUGGCACCUAAGGGAGUGGAACAAGGAGGAGAUAUGCCUGCUUCUUGGCCGUCAGAAGAGGAGGCAAAGCCAAGUCCAGGACCCACCAUUGAGGUCCCAGGAGCUUCUUCUCAGCCAGUGGGAGCUUCGGGUGGAGCGAUGCCUCCAAGAUUUUCCAUCCAUGUUCAAGAGACAGAUACACCCGGGGAGAUGCUGGUGAGCCGCACGGGAGGUCGCUCCUCAGAAAUGGCCCCUGGACCCAAAUCCUCAGCAUCAACACCCUCUGACGGGGGAGGAAGUCCAAGUGGACAGGAUGUAUGGGUGCCCCUCUGCUCUUUCCAGCCCUCCAGAACUGAUUCCACUGUUACUGGCCUUGAAGGGAAGUCUUCAGAGACAGGACAGAGUGAACACAACCCACAAGGCAAGAAGAGGGGAAGCUUCCUCCUUGGGACUAAUGACAAGAAAGCAGAGGAUAAAUCUGAGUCGGAAGCUGGAUUGGUAAUGGGGAACACCACUGGCCAGGAGGAUAGGAAAGAGGCCACUGUAAAUUCAGCUGAGCAAGAGAAAAGCCCAGGAAAUGGAGCCCAGGAGCCUGAAAAUGUGGCAACAACUGUAGAAGGGGAAACUAUGGCUGCAGGAACGAGUAAGCACUGUGAGAAGGCAGGUGGUCUGGUGCUGGAUGACAGCUCGGCUCCCCCAGCCCCUUUUGAACACCGGAUAGUGAGUGUCAAGGAAGUACCGAUCACCACAGGCUACACAGUGUGCCAGCAUGAAGUCUUAGGCGGGGGAAGAUUUGGUCAAGUCCACAAGUGCACUGAGAAGUCCACUGGUCUCUCUCUGGCAGCCAAGAUCAUCAAAGUAAAAAAUGACAAGGACCGGGAGGAAGUAAAGAAUGAAAUCAACAUCAUGAACCAGCUCAGUCAUGUGAAUCUGAUUCAGCUCUAUGAUGCCUUUGAGAGCAAAAACAGUUUUACUCUGGUCAUGGAAUAUGUUGAUGGUGGUGAGCUAUUUGACCGAAUCACAGAUGAAAAAUACCACCUGACAGAGUUAGAUGCUGUCCUAUUCACCAAACAGAUCUGUGAGGGCCUCCACUACUUGCACCAGCAUUACAUUCUGCACUUGGACCUUAAGCCAGAGAACAUACUAUGUGUAAGUCAGAUGGGAAACCAAAUUAAAAUCAUCGACUUUGGGCUGGCCAGAAGGUACAAGCCCCGGGAGAAGCUGAAAGUGAACUUUGGCACCCCAGAAUUCUUGGCUCCUGAAGUGGUGAACUAUGACUUUGUCUCCUUUCCCACUGACAUGUGGAGUGUGGGUGUCAUCACAUACAUGCUGCUCAGUGGCUUGUCUCCAUUUCUGGGGGAAACAGAUGCAGAGACAAUGAAUUAUAUUGUGAAUUGUAGCUGGGAUUUUGAUGCUGAUGCCUUUGAAGGGCUGUCAGAAGAAGCCAAAGAUUUCAUUUCUAGGCUCCUGGUUAAAGAGAAGAGUUGUAGAAUGAGUGCUGCACAAUGUCUGAAACACGAAUGGGUGAAUAAUCUGCUGACCAAAGCCACAAAAUCUAAAGUUCGGCUCAAGUCUCAAAUACUUCUACGGAAAUACAUGGCUCAAAGAAAAUGGAAAAAACACUUCUAUGCAGUGACUGCUGCCAACAGGCUUAGGAAGUUUCCAGGUUGUCCUCAAGCCUCAUCUAUGCUGCUUUGAAAGUUCUGCAAUACUGAGGGCUAGAGAUGAAGCUAAGACAGAGUAUUCUUUGUAUAGUGAUCUGGCCUUUUGCUAUUACUGUAUUUGAUUUCCUGUUUUUAAAUUGUGUAAGUACUAUGACUAUGACUAUAGCCUGGAUAUGAACUUGCUAUAAAAGAACUGCCUUAAAAACUUUACCAGGUGAUGACAGUAGGCAUGUUUAAUGGGUUAGGGAAAUAAGAUUCUAUUUUAAGAGUGUGAUUAGUAUCAAUUUUUAACUUGUUCUGAGUUACAAUUAUAGUAGUAUGUGGCACAGGGGCAAGGCAUUCAGUAUUUUCCUACAGUAUAAAGUGGAGAUUUCCUUUUGGUUUUGGUUGUUUAGGUGGUACUCUAUAAUGAAGUUUCAGUACAGGGAUUCUUAAUCUUUUUUUGGGGGAGGGUCAUAGUCCCCUUUGGGAGUUUGGUGAAGCCUAGAAACCCCUUCUCAGAAUAAUGCUUUUAAAUGCAUUAAAUACAGAGGAUUAUCAACCCCCCCCCCAAAAAAAAAAAAAAACAACACCCAUAUCAUAUUGAAAGUUAAGAAAAUAUUUUUUAAAAGUUUAUGGACCUCAGGUUAAGAACCUAUGCUUUAGAAUAUAGCAACACUGGGUUAGAAAUUAUGGGAACUGGUACCAAAAACCAAGAGAUAGAAGAGAAGUGUUUUACACGAUAUUUUCCCAAAGGAAUGGGAUUGAUUGUUGUUCAAUUUUUAAACCAAAGUAUAAGGUAAUAACAAAAUAGUAGGGAAAAAUUUUUUAUAUAUAGUUCUUUAUAUGCUUAAAAUUUGAAAUACAAAAUGCAAUUUGUGUAUACACACAUAU